CGGCCCAGAGCAGCCGGGGCACUGGCACGGACUCUCUCUCGCUCCACCUGGCGGGAGACCAGGCCUGUGUGCGGAGGGACUGGUCCCGGGCAGCAUGGUCUCUGCCAUGGCCCCCCGCCUCAUCGUGUCGCUGCUGCUCCUCGUGAGGGUCCUGCCCGCCGUGGCCCACUCCGUGCCCGUGCAGGUGUCCUUCCUGGAGGACAUGGGGGGCAGCGGGGAGGCCGAUGACUCCUCGGCCUCCUCCCCGAGCCUCCCGCCGCCCCGGACCCCGGCCCUCAGCGCCACGUCGGUGGGGCCCCAGCCCACGCCCCUGGCGGGCCCCAAGCCCCCCACCAACUUCCUGGACGGCAUCGUGGACUUCUUCCGCGAGUACGUGAUGCUCAUCGCCGUGGUGGGCUCGCUGGUCCUCCUGGUCAUGUUCACCGUCUGCGCCGCCGUCAUCACCCGCCAGAAGCACAAGGCCUCCGCCUACUACCCCUUCUUUCCCAAGAAGAAGUACGUGGACCAGAGGGACCGGGCCGGGGGCCCCCAGGCCUUCAGCGAGGUCCCCGACAGGGCCCCCGACGGCCGGCCCGACGAGGCCCUGGAUUCCUCCCAGCAGCUCCAGGCCGACAUCCUCGCCGCCACCCAGAACCUCAGGUCUCCCACCAGGGCGGCCCCGAGCGGUGGAGAUGGAGCCAGGAUGACGGAGGGCAAGUCAGAGGAAGAGCAGCCAGGCAGCCAGGAGGACCGGGACGCCCCGGGGUGUGGGGUCCCCACGGAGAAGCCAGGGGUGACGGAGGGGCCAUGCUCAGGGCUGGCAGAGGGGGUCCUGGGGGUCCGAGAAGGUCCAGGGGAGCCAGAAGCGGCUCCCUCAUUAGCCCAGGAAGCCGGGGACCCAGCUGGGCCCCCCCAGAGUCCCUGUGCUUGUGGCAGUGUCACCCCUAGCGUCUAACAGGCCCCCAGGGCUGUGGCCCUGACUGUCUGGCCCCUAGGGGUCCCCUCUGGGCCACCCCCAGCCGCAAAUCCCAGCGUGUCCCCUCCUACAGCGAACAGACACUGGUGUCCGCUCCACCCGGGAAUCUCACCAAGUUCUAGAACAUCUGCCUCCGCAGCCCCGAAGGGCUACAUCCCAAGCACAGCUCCUGUGGGGAGGCGGGGCUGGGGAUGUGUCCCCCUUACAACCACGUCGAUUAGGAAACACAAUUGGCGGGUCCCCCGUGACCGGGCCAGCAUCACCAUCGAGGUAGAAACGUAAACCGAUCAGCUAGGAGUUUUGGAAGAUUUUAACCGGGAGACGUGGAAGUGGCCGGGGCGGGUGCGGCUAGUGCUACGGCAGAAGUGGGCCCCUCACCUGCUCACCUCUUGGCAGGUACGAAAAUGAGCAUUUCCCAAACUGGGUUCCCUGAGGUACCCUGACAGGUACGAAAAUGAGCAUUUCCCAAACUGGGUUCCCUGAGGUACCCUGACAGGUACGAAAAUGAGCAUUUCCCAAACUGGGUUCCCUGAGGUACCCUGUGGAAAAAAGAUGUUGGCAUCCAAUGAAUUGAGGAAACGCUGCUUCUCGACUCCCCGCACCCCCUUAGACCACCCCAGGGCUCUGACAAGUCCUGCAGUCAAGGCCCCGGGGAAUCUGGUUUCUGGUUUCACAGCCUUUCCCAAACUGCUUUUGACCAGGGAGUACUCUCGUUAUUAUUAUUAUUAUUAUUAUUAUUAUUUUUUAGCAGCUACAGUGGAAACUGCUGCAGGGCGCACUCUGGAAAUUACU